GUUUACAUAUAAUCCAAGCUAUUCAUGGUUACCACCCAAAAGUUUCGCUUUGCGUGUGCAUCACGUUGCAUAAUCUGCCUGUAAAAAAAAAAAAAAACCGGGAAGAGUGUUUGUAAAUUUCCAGAGUGUAAACAAAAGAUUUAACUCGAGGGAACUAAAGUUAAACUUCCGUUUGACAAUAGGAUCUGCUUUUGCAAGCCAUUCUGCACAAUGCUUCCAGGAGCUGCAACAUAUCACUUUCCUUGGGAAAUAAACUCUACUUCAGUACCGGAAGGGAAAACCCUGAGAACAUAUGGCAGGCUUCACUCUUAUGAUAUGGCCAUUUCCCAAGCCAUCUUAACAGCUCAGCAUGCAUCUGAUCAGCACUGUAUUCCAGUUUGCACAAAGUUUGUCGAACCUUUUCAGGCCCAACUUGGAUCUUGGUAUAUUGUCCUGGGGGAAACUGAAUUCAAGGAGGGUGAGUUGAUUAUAAAGGCUCGUGUAUUUACAUGUGUAGAAGGAAUAAAUCUUCACUUAUUCGAAAAAGCCAUAGAGGAACAAAGAAAAUAUUUCCAGGAGAGAAGGAAAUAUCAUGAAGGAAGCAUAUGUUAGUGCUAUGCUUUAGCCAGGAUUUAUUUUUGAGCACAAAUUUUGCUGUUCUGUAUAUGAUCACUCAUAUCUUGCCUUUAAUCCUGGUUUUGUUGUAGAAUAUAUUGUUUUGUGAAUACUUAUUUAAAAUUGGUUUGAUACAAUGUUUUAGACUCAGAGAAUGCAUAUUAUGUCCAGUGUUUCACAAUGGGUCUUUGAAUCUUAUACAUCAUUCUGUUUAGAAACCCAUAUAAACAAUAGAGCAUGCAACGGGCUAAAUAGAAAUCUUUAUUUUGGAAGAUUAUUUUUUGGAAAUCACAGAAGCUUGAUCCUUAAGUUAUUAAGAAGUUUCUUAAUAUGCUAAAGAAACCAAGGUUAGUAGCUGGUUGGGGGCAUGGCUUUUCAUUCUAAUU